GUUAAAAGUGGCAUCUACUUACUUCACCGUGCUCGGAGGGUCAAUUGUGUGGGCAUAACUGCACUCCUCUUCUUCUCUUGUAUUUUCUAUUAUAACGAGCGUACAGAAUGAGGGAAAUCGUUCACAUUCAGGCAGGCCAAUGCGGUAACCAGAUUGGGGCCAAGUUCUGGGAGGUGAUCAGUGACGAGCACGGCAUCGACCCCACCGGGACGUACCAUGGAGACAGUGACCUGCAGCUGGACAGGAUCAGUGUCUACUACAACGAGGCAUCAGGAGGUGGCAAGUAUGUACCCAGAGCCAUCCUAGUGGACCUGGAACCGGGCACCAUGGACUCGGUCAGAUCCGGACCCUUCGGACAGAUCUUCAGACCGGACAACUUUGUGUUUGGUCAGAGCGGAGCAGGAAACAACUGGGCCAAGGGCCACUACACUGAGGGGGCCGAGCUGGUGGACUCAGUCCUGGACGUGGUGAGGAAGGAGGCUGAGAGCUGUGACUGCCUGCAGGGCUUCCAGCUGACCCACUCCCUGGGAGGGGGCACGGGCUCCGGCAUGGGCACCCUGCUCAUCAGCAAGAUCCGCGAGGAGUACCCCGACCGCAUCAUGAACACCUUCAGCGUGGUGCCCUCCCCCAAAGUGUCGGACACGGUGGUGGAGCCCUACAACGCCACGCUCUCCGUCCACCAGCUGGUGGAGAACACCGACGAGACCUUCUGCAUCGACAACGAGGCCCUAUACGACAUCUGCUUCCGCACCCUAAAACUGACCACGCCCACCUACGGGGACCUCAACCACCUGGUGUCGGCCACCAUGAGCGGGGUCACCACCUGCCUGCGCUUUCCCGGCCAGCUGAACGCCGACCUCCGCAAACUGGCCGUCAACAUGGUGCCCUUCCCCCGCCUGCACUUCUUCAUCCCCGGCUUCGCCCCCCUCACCAGCAGGGGAAGCCAGCAGUACCGCGCCCUCACUGUGCCCGAGCUCACCCAGCAGGUGUUCGACGCCAAGAACAUGAUGGCCGCCUGUGACCCGCGCCACGGCCGCUACCUCACCGUCGCCGCGGUGUUCCGCGGGCGCAUGUCCAUGAAGGAGGUGGACGAGCAGAUGCUGAACGUGCAGAACAAGAACAGCAGCUACUUCGUGGAGUGGAUCCCCAACAACGUGAAGACGGCCGUCUGCGACAUCCCGCCCCGCGGCCUCAAGAUGGCCGUCACCUUCAUCGGCAACAGCACGGCCAUCCAGGAGCUGUUCAAGCGCAUCUCCGAGCAGUUCACUGCCAUGUUCCGGCGCAAGGCCUUCCUGCACUGGUACACCGGGGAGGGCAUGGACGAGAUGGAGUUCACCGAGGCCGAGAGCAACAUGAACGACCUGGUGUCAGAGUACCAGCAGUACCAGGACGCAACAGCCGAGGAGGAGGGCGAGUUUGAAGAGGAGGCCGAAGAGGACGGUUGAAGACUGCGAGAAGCUACCGGAAAGAGGUGGGAGGGCGAAGAAAGGUUUAGAAAAAAAAAAAAGAAAAAUGUGAAAAUAACACAAAAAUAGUAAAACGGGAAAAGCAAACGGAAAAUCUGAAGAAAACUACAGAAUGUUCCGGAGAACAAAAGGAGCCCAAUGGCACAUUCAGAAACGGAGGAAAAAGAAAAUGCAGGAAAUGGCUCUGCAACAACAAAAGGACUGAAGAAUGUAUCGGGACAAAGGAGAGUGAAUGUAAGGGAUGAGUAGAAAAACAGAAAAAAGGGGAUGAAAAGCAGCAUUAAGAACAAGUAAAUCUGCCGGUCCAGUAACUGUGAUGAUGCCAUGUGGCCUAUUUACCCAGAAAGGAAGUCGUGACCAUAUAAGUUAGGAAACAAGGUUUUGGAAAAAGAAGGCUAAGAAGCCUAUGCCUAUUUCAGAAUUAUUUUGUAUGAAUUUUGCAUUGAAUCAUGCCAUGUAUACAUCUGAAUGUGACUAGACAAACACUGCAGGACCUCUCCCUCUUCUUUUGAAACUUAAAAUUUAGCCUGGUCCCAGAUCUGUUGGCGCUGUUUUGUCAACACCAUUGACAAACAGAUCUUGAACCAGGCUAAUGAACUUACAAAUGGGACUUGAUUCUGGCCUGACUUGGAUGAAGUUGUCUGUGCUGCCUGGUGGACGCCGCUCUCACCCGGACGCCAAACCACGUCUCGGAGGUGGGGGGCAGAGAAUGCUGUGACAGGGUGACACAGACAAAGGCGGGAUGAUAUGAAUGAAUGGAUUCGGGUUGACAGCACCAAUGGAGCUUCACGAAAGGCAGCAGAGUCAUGGCAAUGAACAGUAAACAUGUGUUGGGUUCUAGCAGUUUUAUGAAACCCAACGAUAGAUCUGGUCUGACAUAACUGGAACAUGUUGGGAAACGUCCAGGAAUCGCAUUCCAUUAUACCACAACAAGGGUUUUGAAACAAGAUGAUGUGAACGAACCUCUGCAGACGUGUGUACCGAACGUUUUAGUAAAUGUUUACAUUUUUAACCACUUCUGAAUAGAAUCCCCUGUUUUUGUAGGUCCAUGCCCUGCUAUAGUGUUAGGUAUUGUUUAAUUUUGUACGGCACUGUGAAAGGCUGGAAACAUACAACCAACUGUAUGUGAUUUGUUUUGUUUUUUUCUAUGGAGUUUUGUUUUUUAAUCCCCGGUGAAAUAAAACUCUGGGGAGAAAUAAAACGGAUUUUUUAGGAAAGCUG